GACUAGACCAGAUAGAUCCAUCCAUCCAUCCCCUUCUCGCUCGAUCCACUCCACACUCUCUCGCCCACUGCUUGCCGGCGUCGAGCUUCAUCGUCCGGCUACUCCGUCCGCGGUGCACGGCAUCUCGAUCCCGCUAGGGUUCAGAUGGAUGGCGCGGACAAGGGAGUAAAUUAAUUACACUGUUCACCGUCGGUGCGCUCGACCCACAGAGCGAGCAGAUAGAGCCAACUCUCAGCUGUUCACGUGUCGCCGGCGUCCGAGCUUCCCUGCCCUUGGCUUCUCCGUGGCCCGUCGUCCUGCACGGCCGAUCGAUCCCUCUCGGGUUCAGAUCCACGACGCGGAGAGAAAAAUACGAUUCACUGUUCACCGUCAGUGUACGCUCGGCUCGACCGGCACCGCGAACCGAGCGGCGGCCAGAUCCCAGCUACUUCGCGGCCGGAUCCACCCAGCUAGGUUGUACAUUCACGGCCUCCACUGCAGAAUUGACUGGGCGAGCUCUUGAGCUAUCACGGCCAUAUGGAGGCGGCUUUGGUAAGCGCGGCGACGGGGGUCCUCAAACCCGUCCUGGGGAAGCUGUCCGCUCUGCUCGGCGACGAGUACAAGCGUUUCAAGGGAGUGCGCAAGGAGAUCAGGUUCCUCAUGGAUGAACUUGAGGCCAUGCACGCAUUUCUCCUCAAAAUGUCAGAGGACGAGGACCCUGAUUUGCAAGAUAAAGUUUGGGCAGCGGCGGUGAGGGAGCUCUCCUACGAUAUGGAGGACACCAUAGACGACUUCAUGCAAACCAUCGAUGACAAAGACACCAAACCAGAUGGCUUCAUUGAGAAGAUCAAGCACUCCCUGGGGAAGUUGGGCAAGAUGAAGACUCACCAUCGGAUUGGUAGCGAGAUCCAUGAUAUGAAGAAGCUAGUCAUUGAGGUGGCCGAUAGGAAUGCAAGGUAUAGGACUGGUGUGACUAUCUCCAACUCCAAGAAUGCAGCCGUUGACCCUCAAGCCCUUGCUAUCUUUGAGCAUGCCUCUAAGCUUGUGGGAAUUGAUGAGCCCAAGGCUGAGAUAAUCAAACUGUUGACCGAAGGUGCGUCAACAAAUGAGCAACCGAAGCUGGUCUCCAUCAUAGGAUCCGGAGGAAUGGGCAAAACAACUCUUGCAAACCAAGUGUAUCAAGACCUCAAAGAGAAAUUUGAGUGCAAGGCUUUCGUAUCGGUGUCGCGAAAUCCUGACAUGGCAGAUAUCUUGAGAACCAUUCUUGAUGAAGUUAGCCAAGGUUGUGCUAACACUAAAGCACGGAGUAUACAACAACUGAUAAGCAAGAUUAAUGAUUGCCUAGCAAAUAAAAGGUAUUUUGUUGUCGUUGAUGAUAUAUGGGAUGAGAAUGCAUGGAAUGUUAUUAAGUUUGCAUUCCCCAUGACUAGUUCUGGAAGUAUCAUAAUCACCACUACUCGUAUAAAUGAUGUUGCCAAAUCAUGUUGUUCAUUAUUCGGUGGUGAUAUUUAUAAUAUCAGACCUCUUAAUCCGGUGCAUUCAAAAGAACUAUUUCAUCAAAGACUAUUCGACUCCACAGAAGAGCUCCCUCCACACCUUGAAAAAGUUUCUGAUGGAAUUCUGAAAAGAUGUGAUGGCUUACCUCUGGCAAUCAUCGCUAUAUCUGGUCUGUUGGCUAACAGAGAGAGAACAGAGGAUCUAUGGAAUAAAGUGGAAGAGUCAAUUGGUCGUGCACUUGAAAGAAAUCCUAGUGUCGUAGGAAUGAUGAAGAUAUUGUCACUUAGCUACUUUGAUCUGCCUACACAUCUAAAAAGUUGUCUCUUGUAUAUGAGUAUAUUUCAGGAAGAUUCUAUUAUAAAGAGAAAGUGUUUGAUAAGGAGAUGGAUUGGUGAAGGAUUCGUUCAUAAAGAAGACAUAUAUACGACACAUGAUGUAGGAGAAAGGUGCUUUAAUGAGCUCCUCAAUAGGGGUUUGAUCCAACCCGCAAAGACAAAUGAAUAUGGCAAGGUUAAGAGUUGUCGAGUUCAUGACACGAUUCUUGAUUUCAUCAUACACAUGUCCGCGGAAGAGAACUUCGUUACUUUACUUGGUGUUCCCAUUCUGACAAUUGGAAACCAAAGCAAAGUUGUUCGUCGACUCUGUCUACAAGGUGUCAAGAAAAUAAAUUCAACAGUACUGGCAGCAGGACUCGUGUUGUCCCAUGUCCGAUCACUUACUAUGGUUAGAGAUCUGUUAGAAAUCCCUUCUUUGGAAGAGUUCAGACAUCUGCGUGUUCUUGACUUGAUGCGUUGUUAUGCAUUAGAAGAUCAUCAUCUUGAAAAUAUAGUGAGGUUGUUCCAGCUGAGGUACCUGAAUCUCAAAGGUACAGGAAUAAGCAAGCUCCCAGAACAAAUUGAUCGUUUAGGAUGCUUGGAGGUGCUGGACCUAAGAUGGACUCAUGUAGAGGAAUUACCUGCAUCUAUUGUGAAUCUCAGAAAAUUGUCGCAUCUACUUGUUGAUGAUGAUGUGAAAUUUCCUGAAGGGAUUGCAAAGAUGCAAGCACUGGAUACGUUGGAAGAUGUGAGGGUCUCCAUUCAGCCAUUUGACUUCCCGAGCGGCCUUGGUCAACUAAUGAAUUUGAGGAAUCUGCAGCUUGACCUUAAUUUGAGAGUUGAUUCUGACACAGAGGAUACAAAUAUGGUUAGGGAGGAGCACAACAAAGCUAUUGUCUCCUCCCUGUGUAAGCUAGGCACCCAGAAUCUCCGCUCCCUGACUAUUGGGGAUCGGAGCGGCCUCUUACAUGAGGAAUCUUUGUGCCUGCCUACCCUCGAGUACCUUUAUUUCUGGUUUUCGACCCUCCCACAGGUUCCGACAUGGGUGGGCUCCCUAAGAAACCUCCAACGGCUAUGCCUUCGUGUGGAGGGGCUCAAGCAGGACGACCUCUGCACCCUUGGGGCUCUACCCAGUCUGCUGAUUCUGCAUCUGGAGGAAAAAAUAGAGUCAAAUGGAAAGCUCAGAAUCAGUGGUGAAGUUGGGUUCCGGUUCCUGAAGAUUUUUAUUUAUUGCGGAUGUUUUGAACCAAUAGAUCUGAUGUUUGGGACAGGGUCCAUGCCAAAGCUUGAAAAACUCGAGCUUAAUCAGUUUCGCAUGGUUGAAGCUAACUCUCUUGACUUUGGAAUUGAGAACCUCCCCUGCCUCACUAGUGUCAAAUGCAUUAAGGUUGUUGAUGAUGAUGAUGGCAUUGUUGAAGCCGCAAAGACUGUCAUGGAGAGAGCAGCCAGCACACAUCCCAACCAUCCUAGUCUACUCUUUCAGACAGUUGCUUCUGCUCGUCGUCCGGCCGGCCAUCCGGUUCGCAAGUUCAAUACUGUUGUCUAGCUCGAUUCAUCUCUGUUUGAUGAUACACUAUUCUCUCCGUUGCAUAAUGUACUAUGGAUAAUGAUACAAAAUUGUAGAAUUGAUUAAGACUGCUACUGUACUGCAUUUUUUCCUGUAAUAACCAGUCGUCAUUCGCUCUUUUAUUCGU